AUGGCCUCGCUCAGCUCGGCCGCCACGUACCGCACCGAGUGCAUCAGCACCUACAGCCAGGGGCCGGGGCACCCAGAGCCCCGCUUCGAGGGGGAGCGGUACCGCUACGACGCCUUCGGGUACCCAGGGUCCCCGGGGGCCAUGUACCCGUGCAGCCUGGGCACCUGGGUGCGGGCCCAGGGGGACACCUACCAGGUGGUGGCCGACGUCAGCCAGUUUGAGCCCCCCGACAUCGUGGUGACCACCUCCAAUGGCCACGUCGCCAUCCAGGCUGAGAAGGUGGCCGAGGAUGGUACCGUGUGUGACACCUUCACCCACCAGUGUCGGCUGCCCGAGGACACGGACCCCCUGUCGGUGAGCUGUGCCCUCACUGAGGCUGGCACGCUGCUCAUCACCGCCCGGCGCCGCGCCGGCACCCGCCCCGGCGAGCCCCCGCAGCCACUGUACCGCAGCGAGGCCACGCUGGGAGCGGGGCCGGUGCGGGGACAGUGA